AUAUAUAUAUCGUAGAGUUAGAUUGGAUGUUGAGAAAAUAAAUGUGGCGGGUUAUGGUUGGUGCAGUAGCGAUAACAGAUUUUUUUUUUAACCGCAAAUUCAUUUAUUUAUAUUUGUAUUAUAUUAUAAGUGGAACAAUUAAAUGGUUAGCGUGGUUAUCUACAGUAGAUAGAAAGUUGGAGACGAUGAGUUCGGCUUCAGCAAUGGCAGGCGUCAGUGAGUUUCACAAAGUGUUCGUGUACGGAAGCCUCCUAGCUGACGAUGUCGUUCGAGUCCUGUUGAACCGCAUCCCUCAAUCCUCCACCGCCAUCCUAAACGGCUUUCAUAGGUUUAGCAUAAGAGGCUGUGUUUAUCCUGCCAUUUUACCUGUCCCCAAGCAGCAAGUUAUCGGCAAGGUCCUCUUUGGCAUCACUGAUCCUGAAUUAGAUAUUUUAGAUACGUUCGAGGACGUUGAGUAUCGAAGGACAAUGGUUGAGGUUUCCUUGAUGGAUAAUACUGAGAAAUUACAAGCAUAUGCUUAUGUCUGGUGCGACAAAGAUGAUCCCAACUUGUUUGGAGAAUGGGAUUUCGAGGAAUGGAAAAGAACGCACAUGAAUGAUUUUCUCAAGAUGACCACUGGAUUUAUGGAAGAACUAGAGCUGCCCGAAUCAAAGCCUAGAGUAGCCACUUAUGAAUCCUUCUUUCAGCCAGAUGGCAACCCUUCCUCUACGCCUUGAUGGUGUCCUCAACAUCUGAAACAUGUUAUUCUACUUUUUAACAUUCAAUUGUUUCAAGGGCAAAAACACGUCUAUUUAGAAGGUUCAUGAUGUGUCAUUUGUCCAUUAUAAUGCUUAUUAUGUUUAUUUCUAGUAAUUCACAGGCUUUACAAGAUCUGUUUCCCAUA